GCUACAUUGAAAUGGUUCCGACUGACCCUCCUCACGUUAUGACACGAAAUCACGGCAAAACAGACGUGUGAUAAAGUGGGACUCGCCUCCAUGGCCUCUCAUGACCGCAGCAGGAGCGAGGAGCAAGACGACCCGCUGGACAGGAUGAUCUCUCGCACCGGCUGCGCCCAGCUUCACUACGCCCUGCAGGAGUGUAUGGCGGAGCAGCAGGACUGGCGCCUGUGCCAGAGCCACGUGCAAGCCUUCAAGGACUGCAUGAGCAGCUUCCAGAAGAGUCGCCAGCAGCUGAUCAAGCAGUCCGAGUCAGCCCGCCACUCCGACCCAGCGGAGCAGGUCUCCAGCCGAGUUGAGACGUGAGACUGACGGUUCCUGGAGCAGGUGUGAGACUGAAGCGCACCUGUGUUUGAGUUUCACUCUCUGUCCUGCAAGCGUUUUCAUGGAAAUACAUCCUUACAUUUGUCUCAGAACUGAAUUAAAUUAAA